AUGAGAGACAACCGUGAGACUAAAAUCCAGUUCACCCUGUCGUCUGAGAUGGUAAGGGAAAAUGAUAAUGGAUCAUUCUAUCUUCAAGAUAAAUUUUUCCGCAUCGAAGUUAUCAAAAGUCUUAGGGCAACAGAUGAAUCCCAAGUAUUGGAUGUUUUAUGCAAACAUUUGACAAAAGAAUUCAGAAUUUUAAUCAAAGAGGAAGCAACUGGAGAUAUCAAAGAGUGAAAUCACUUGACAUCAAUCCUGCAGAAUACAGAUCGUUGAACGGCAGCUCUUACAUCAAACUCCCAAUUUACCCAAAGGAAGAAAGCAGUAUAAAUAUCAAGAACAAGGAUAAUCAAUGCUUCAAGUAGUGUAUAGCAGGAGCACUUAAUCCUCUCAAGUCACACCCUGACAGGAUUUCAGACUUGAGAGGAAAGACAAGCCAAUUGAAUUUCACAGGGAUCGAAUUCCCAGUAAAAUUGCGAGAUAUUGAUAGGUUUGACAAACAGAAUGAGGGUAUCGCGGUCAAUUUGUUUGGUCUUAAAGGUACAAAAGUCUAUCCUCUCAGGAUCAGUGAGAAGAAGAACAGAGAAUAGGAAGGAAAACUAAUCAUCGAUCUUCUUAUGAUAAAAGAAGAAGGAAAUCAGCAUUAUUGCUUGAUCAAAAUCAGUUGAAGGUUAUUCUCGAAACAAGUCACAAAGCAAGAUGGUUCAUUGUCCUUCUGUCGAAGAGGUUUGAGUCACUUUCCAAGUAAAGAAAAAUUAGCAAUUCACGAUCUAUGCUGCUCAAAUAAUGAAGCAGGACGUAUCGUGAUGCCGGAAGUAAAUGAUGAAGGAAUAAGACCGUAUAUCAAAUUCAAGAAUCACAAUCGUUUUGUAAGAGUUCCAUUCCUAAUUUACGAUGACUUUGAAUAAUUAACAGAAUCGAUAAUCGAUAAAAUCGAGCUCAGGAGUGAUAAGAGCUUCACUAAUCAGUAUCAAAAGCAGAAACCAUGUGGGUUCUGUUAUCACAUCGUUAGUUUGGAUGAUAAGCUUUUUUCACAAGAGCCAGUCAUCUUCAAAGUAAAGAAACCUUCAGUCGGCCCCUGCAGGGGCAGUGAGGAUGAAGAUGUUGGUCGGAUCCUUUUAGAAAAGCUUGAAGAAAACAUCAAGGAGAUUUCUAAGUAAUUGGACUUUGCCGAGAAGAUGACCUUCACAGAUGAAAACCGGCAUGAUUUCAACGAUGCAACGCACUACUGGAUUUGCUAGCGUUUAUUUGACAAUGAUGAUGACAGAGUGAGCCACCACUGCCAAUUCACAGGGAGGUAUCGUGGAGCAGCUCGCUACAAAUGCAACCUACGAUUCAAGAAGCCGAAGUUCACUCCUGUCAUCAUUCACAACUUGGCUGGCUAUGACUCUCAUCUAUUCGUUAAAAAUCUCGGCAAAUCCGAAGACAACAUCAAAUGCAUUCCAAAUAACGAGGAAAAAUACAUCAGUUUCAACAAAGAUAUCGUUUUUGGUUCUUUCAUCGGCAAAGAAGGUAAAAUAGUUGACGUAAAAAACGAGCUUUGCUUUCUCGACAGCUUUGGGUUCAUGGCUUCUUCCUCGAUAGUUUAGUCGCAAAACUGAGUUUUUAAAAAGGAAAGUCUUCAUAGCAAAAAUCGAGUUGGUCUCGCGGAAAGGUGUGUACCUAUAUGACAACAUGGAUACUACCACUAAGUUUAAUGAAACAGAACUGCCACCCAAAGAAGAGUUCUAUUCUAAGCUUAACGACAGUGAUAUCUCACAUGAAGACUACAAGAAUGCAAAGAAGGUCUGGAAAGAGUUCAAAAUGAAGACGAUGGGUGAUUACCAUGACCUUUAUCUCAAAACGGAUGUUUUCCUACUGGCAAAUAUGUUUGAAGAAUCCAGAAACGGUUGUCAUAAGCUUGACCCUUGAGAAAUAUUCAACUGGAGAAAUAUUCAUUGCAUCCUGAGGUGGAUCUUGAGUAUCCUAAAGUGCUCCAUGAAUUGUAAAACGAUUAUCCGCUUGCUCCUGAGAUACUGAGGAUAAAUAAGGUGAAAAAAUGAUUCCAAAUCUGGAUAAGGAUAGAUACAUAGUUCAUCAGAAGACACUGAAACAAUAUCUUGAUCUCGGUUUGAGGAUCAAAAAGAUUCAUAGAGGUACAAGUUUCGAAGAAGAAACUUGGCUUAAGAGCUAUAUCGAGCUCAAUACUAAUUUACGGGAGAGCACGAAAAAUGACUUCGAGAAAGAUUUCUUCAAGUUGAUGAACAACUCUGUCUUCGCAAAAACUGUGGAAAACAUCAAUAAUUGAGUAGGUGUGAGAUUAGUCAAAGAUAGAAAGAUAGCACUAGAACUUACAGCGAAACCAAACUUCAAGCAUUGCACGAUAUUCAAUAAAGAUUUGGUAGCGAUUCAUGUAAAGAAGACAUAACUUAAGUUGAUAAGCCAGUAUAUAGUGGAAUGAGCAUCCUUGAUAUCAGCAGGACUCUGAUGUAUGACUUCCUUUAUAACUAUAUCAAGAAGAAGAAUGGCAGCUCUGCGGCCUGACCGAAGGCUGGAGAUCGUGCAAAGCUUCUCUUCACAGACACCGACAGCUUGCUGUAUGAGAUUGCGACUGAAGACUUCUAUAAGGAUAUAAGCGGUGAUGUUGAAGACAAGCUUGACACUAGUAAUUACCCCAAAGAUCGCGUGUCAGGGAUCCCAAAUGGUCGCAACAAGAAGGUCGUGAGAAUGAUGAAGGAUGAAGCUGGUGGAAAGGUCGUUGAAGACUUUGUUGGAUUGAGAGCAAACACUACAGCUACAAGAUGUUUGAGGCAAAAGAGGAGAAAAAGUGAAAAGGUAUUAAGAAAGUCUUAAUAAAGAGGAAUAUAACUUAUUAAGGCUACAAGACUGCUUAUUUCGCGGAAACAUGGAAAUGAGGAAAAUGAAUGUAAUCGGAUCACUUAAGCACGAGGUCUUCACUGAGAAGAUAGACAAGAUUUCUUUGAGUGCUAAUAUUGAUAAGAGAAUAAUAAGAGAAGAUAGGAUAUCAACUUUUACUCAUGGUCACUACCACUCCUCGGCCCGGCUCGAAGGGCUUAUCAAUUAAAUCGAUAAGAAAUAUGAAUAUUGAUAACAUUCCAUUCAAGCAAGUCAUAAGGAAAUCGGCGUUUGGGUCUUCACACAACAGAUGACAAGCAUCACAAAAUCAUUUGGAGAGAACACUGCUGCCUUAGUUCUCUUCUACACACCAUCUGCUAAGGAUAUGAAGAUCAUU